AUGGUCAAGCUUACAGUUGCCUUUUCCUUCCUUGUCGGAGCGGCUGCGGCUGCCACCGCGCGCAAGCCCAUCUCCAACCACACUGCACCUGCCCAAGCCGCUGGCGCUGCAGCAGCUGGAACGAGCUUCUACUACCCCAACAUGGAUCAUGUCAAUGGCCCAAGAGGUUACGCCCCUGACCUUGGCGACGACUACGACUAUCCCGUCUAUAAGACGGUCAACCCGGGCGACGGAAAUGCUAUUCAAGACGCAAUUAGAUCUGGCACCAGGGGAGAUCGUCACCCUACAUGGUUGGCUUCUCAACCUCGAGUCGUCUACCUGCCUCCUGGCACCUACUAUGUCAGCAACACAAUCGAGAUGAAUACCGAUACCGUCAUCAUGGGAGACGCGGCCAACCCUCCCAUCAUCAAGGCCAACGGCGACUUCAACGGCGACACUCUUUUCACUGGCAAAGAUCCUGCUGUCGGUGACAGCGGUGAACUCUCCUUUGCUGUGGCCCUCAAGAAUGUCGUCCUCGAUACAACUGAUGUUGAUAAGUGGUCUGGUUUCAAGGCUCUCGACUGGAGUGUCGCCCAGGCUGCUCAUUUGCAAAACGUCAAGAUUGUCAUGCCUCCUGCUGGUAGCGACAACAACGGCCACACUGGUAUCUUUUUGACCCGUGGCUCUACUCUCGGUCUUGCUGAUGUCCAUAUUGAGGGUGGCUUAAACGGUGUGUGGCAUGCUGGCCAUCAGCAGGCUGCCUACCGCGGCCUAUACAUUCGCAACAGCAAGCGUGGCUUCUUCAUCAGCGGCGGACAUACCAUGUCCAUCAUUGCUCCCACGUUCGACAACUGCAACAUUUGUGUGCUGCACGCGGACAGUGCUCCUGGUAUCUCCAUUGUCGAUGCCAAGGCGAUCAAUAACUCCGGCACCCUCUUCCAGACCAACAACUACCCUUCCGUCACCAUCGACAACUUCACUCGAGACAAUAAUGCCGAUACUAUGAGCAACGGAGACGGUACUGUUCUUGGAUCCCAAAACCACGUUCAGACUUUUACCUACGGCAACACUGUUGGCCGCAACCCCAACUAUGGCCCAACUACCACACAGAGCAAUCGUCCCCAGGCUCUCGCCCCAGGUGGUCGAUUCCCGAUCAACAACGCCCCAACAUACGCUGACAAGACCGUGGCCGAUUUCAUCAACGUCAAGGAUCCUAAGCAGAACGGUGGCCGACAGGUUUAUGGUGAUAACAGCCGCGAUGAGGCAGGAACCCUCAAUGCCAUUCUGAAGCUCGCCGCCCAGAGUAACAAGAUUGCCUACUUCCCUUUUGGAAAGUACCGUGUUGAUUCUACUCUCUACAUCCCACCUGGAUCGCGUAUCGUUGGCGAGGGCUGGGCCACUAUUUCUGGUUUCGGUGAUUUCUUUGCUCAUGAGGACCGCCCUCAGCCAGUUGUCAUGGUUGGCCGUGAAGGCGAGACUGGUAUCGCUCACAUUCAGGAUAUGCGCUUCACUGUCGGCGAUGUUCUUCCCGGUGCUAUUAUUGUUCAAUUCAACAUGGCUGGUAACGCACCUGGAGAUGUUGCCCUGUGGAACUCUCUGGUCACUGUUGGUGGAACUCUAGGUGCUAGCGGUAUCAGCGACCACUGCUGGGAUGCCCACAACGAAUGUAAGGCUGCCUUCAUCGGUAUUCAUCUUAGCAAGACUUCGUCGGUUUAUGUUGACAAUGUUUGGAACUGGGUUGCCGAUCAUUUCACCGAGGGUGGCGGUGGUGUUGCUAUUGCUGCCAAGGGAGGUGUCCUCGUGGAAUCAACCAAGGGAACUUGGCUGCAUGCUCUCGGUAGUGAGCACUGGUGGCUCUAUCAGCUUAACCUCCAUAACGCCGAAAAGGUUUUCGUUUCGCUUCUUCAGGCUGAAACCAACUAUGAUCAGGGUGAUUUGGUCCAACAGGUACCGCCUGCUCCUUGGCAGCCAGAGGAAGGCAAGGAUCCCAACUUCAACUGGUGCGGACCCAACGAUACUCGAUGCCGCAUGGGCUUUUCCAACUACAUAAACGGAGGUGCCGAUAUCUAUCACUACGCAUCUGCCGCCUGGGUCUUUUUCAAGGGACCUUCCCAGGGCUCACAGGGCCACCCAGGAUGUGGUAACAACCAGUGCCAAAACUAUAUCCAUUGGAUUGAAAAGGCUCCUCGCAACCUUGAGCUCUUCUCCCUCUGCAACAAGGACGCGUACUAUGCCCUGCGCCUGGCUGACGGCACGGGCAUCCGAACCAGCGAGGACCACUUCACCGGUUCUUGGGGUGGCCUCGUUGGACGCUACACCAACUAGUGGAAUUUCCAAAUUCGAGCAGGUGCAAAUUAUUUCGAUUCAAAAUAGACACUGUAUGUAGUUUUUAAUAGAGUCCUG